UUCACCAAAAUGGCUCAAAACAAGAUCCCUUCCAUCUUAAUUCUAUGCCUUGCUGCUUCCAUGUCCAUGACCUUGCUUCUUUCAGUUGAAGCCAGAAGAACCAAGUUCACCAUUUACUUCCAAGACUAUGCUUUUGGUCCCAACACCACCUUCUUCCCCGUCGUCGGCCUCCCCGGCUCGACACUCAACUACACCGACUUUGGAACCUUCUUUGUCACUGACGAUGCCAUAACUGCAAUCCCGGACGAGGGUGCUCCAAUCAUCGGGCGUGCUCAAGGCAUCUACGUUGUCACCGGGAUGGACGGGCGAAACCUCCUCGUCCUUAUCUCCUUGGUGUUUACUAGUGGAACCUACAAUGGGAGCAGCAUUGAAAUCCAAGGGACCAGUAGACAAUUUGAUCUCAAUAGAGAGCUUCCAGUCGUGGCUGGGACUGGCAAGUUCCGUCUGGCUAGAGGGUUCAUUAACACAGACAACUUCUCUUUCGAUCAAGAAAGAGGAUUUUCUGUUAUCCAAGUCAAUGUCACUUUGGUUUACUAAUUCUACUUGUCAUGCUUUCUUUCCCUCUUAUUUUCGAAUAAUCGUGGAGUUCAUGAAUCUCUACGCAGACAACUUCUCUUUCGAUCAAGAAAGAGGAUUUUCUGUUAUCCAAGUCAAUGUCACUUUGGUUUACUAAUUCUACUUGUCAUGCUUUCUUUCCCUCUUAUUUUCGAAUAAUCGUGGAGUUCAUGAAUCUCUACGCAGACAACUUCUCUUUCGAUCAAGAAAGAGGAUUUUCUGUUAUCCAAGUCAAUGUCACUUUGGUUUACUAAUUCUACUUGUCAUGCUUUCUUUCCCUCUUAUUUUCGAAUAAUCGUGGAGUUCAUGAAUCUCUACGCAGACAACUUCUCUUUCGAUCAAGAAAGAGGAUUUUCUGUUAUCCAA